AUGCUCACUCAGGAGUGGGUGGUGCAUGUCGCCAUCUCGCAGACAGUCGCCGACUCUUCCAACGGUGUGGCCUUGCAGUGCUGGCAGCACGUGCUGCGGGCGUGCAAGGAGGGAUCGAAGGAGAAGGUUGUGAGCGCCCUCAGCCACGGGCGCACACCCAACGAGCAGCUGCAGCUUCUGCAGUCGGUGAGCCAGUUGGCCAGGCGUGGGCAGAUCAAGGCGGAGGUGGCAGAGCCCAUCGUGGAGGUGAUGCAGUUUCUCCUGAACCUGGCCCUGCUCCUCUGGGCUCAUCUCGCUGCUGCCGAGAGGGAGGCCGCCUCGAAGAUCUUGGCCGCAGCCCUGGAGGCCCUGACGCUGUGCCUGCCAUCCAGCCCGCAACACAGCAUGCGAGUCUUAGACUGGGCUGACGACUUCCUGGAGCAAGUGGCCGCAAGCGCAGGCGAGCUGGAGAGGGGCACCGCAUCACUGCCCUGGUUGCAGCUUCUCUUCUCCGUGGUCGUGCGGGCUCGCCUUCAGCAAAGCGAGGAGUUUCGGAAGGCCGACCCGCAGCUGCUGACGAUGCAGCGCUCCGAUGUCUUCGAUCUCUGGCAUGGGCCGCUGCUGCAGCGCUUCCGGGACCUGGCCGGGGAUCCAGGCCAGCCCCAGCCCAAGCCCGAGCUGGGCCCGGUAAAUCUCCGGGGCACCAGUGCCACCAGUGUGACCAGUGCCUGGCUGCGCUUGGCCGGCCUUGGAACGGACCCCGAAGCCCGUGGCCUGUGCCGAUACAGCCUGCAGGCGGUCGAGGCGCUCCGCUUGCAGCUGCCUCCGAGAAGCCCCUCCUCGGCUUUACUCUGCCUUCGCCAGCUGCAGCUCCACCACCGGAUCCUCCUGGAGGCCUUGAAAACUCCCCUGGCCCAGCCCUUCACACAAAACGCCAGCUGGCACUUUGCACACGUGACGGCCUUUGCGCGCCUGACCCUCGCCCAGAGCUCUGAGCCAGACUUUGUGGCGGCACUCAGCAAGAACGGCGCCAGUCGGCGAACUCCUUUGGUGGCUGUAAGGGUGCAGCUGGAACGAUGCAUUGAGCGGAUUCAGGUGCAGAGCCAGGCAGCAGACGCCCUCGUGGAUGUAGGCAGGCUGCGCCUGCUGCAGGCACAGGCCGCCCAGCAAGAAGCGCUCGUGGAUGAGGGCAAGGGCGACCACCAGGAGCCCAGGGUCUUCCUGGAGGCGGCGCUGCAGGCUUGGGAGGAGGCCUUGGCCCUGGGCCCCUCGGUGGCCUCCAGGACUCCUGCAGUGGUGGCGCAGGCGUUGCGGGCGGCGGAGCCCUUAGCCGCAGGUGGCCCUCCUCCUCCUUGGGUCCUGCUGCUGCGCGAUGCCUCCGAUGCUGCCCACCUGCUUGAGAGCAUGGACCUUGAUGCACUCGCUUUUCGCUCCCUGGUCCUCUGUUUGGCUUGCCUGGUCCGGCGCCAUGGGUCGGCUGCCCUCGCGUGGAGUCGGCCAUCUGUGCAAGAGGCUUCGCCCUGCAGUCAGGCUUGUACUGUGCUGCUGUAUCGCAUGGCGGGCGCCAUGGGUCGUCUUGCCUCGGGGCCCUCGGAGGAUCUCGAGGCGCGUGAGGCAGCGGUCAGCUGGUGGCAGGUCGCCGAGGCUGCUCGUGAGCAUCUUCCGGAUGCCCAGGGCUCCCAUGUUGUGGCCCUUCAGCGGCUCAUUGCCGUCUCGGCCCUGCCCGAGCAGUCCACGGAGAUGUGGAGCGCAGGCAGGUCCUGGCUGGACGUCCUUGCCUCCGCCAGGGGGGCCGUCGCCAGCGUGGCGCGCGAAGACGCAGGUGCGCUGCCGCAGCAGUGGCUUCACGUCAUCGAGGCGCUCUGGGCCCUCACCUCUUCGACGAUGCACUGGCAGGAUAGGCGCUGCCAGUGUCCAGGAGGCAGCGCCGUGGCAGCUCAGUGUGCGGCGCUGACGUCGUUGAUGCUGCUCUUGCGGGGUCAAGGGAAGGCCACGGGACGCAGCGUGCACUUGGUCAGAGGCUGUGGGAGACAAUGGGAGAAUCGGGGCGUGGAUGAAUACCACCUGAGUCGGUGUGUCAGCAUGAUUGAUGUAUUCUUGAGUUACGACUGGGGAACGCGGCGUUGGCUGAAAACAGCCACACUGCUGGUCCAUUUCAAUAGCGUGCCAGCUGCAGUGGCAAGUUUGCUGACGUGCAUGUUGGUAUGCCUCCUCGUCUGUCUCAGGCUGUUGGACGGAUGGCUUCCUGGCACUCUUGCCGUCCACGGUACUUACUGGCUGGUCUUCGUGUUCUGGCAGGAUCUUCGCGGCCUCUGCAAGAAGAACAUGGUCUUUCUUGAUCGGCUCUGCAUUGCGCAGCACGAUUCGGAGUUGAAGAAGCAUGGGAUUAUGUCCCUGGGUGGCUUCCUCUCCAAGUCGCGCGAGCUGCUCGUCUUGUGGAGUGAGGAGAAAGAGGCGGACAUCGAUUUUGCUCCAGCAAGCAUGGGCCCGCUGCUCCUGUACUUUUCAGUUUUUGAAACGCUGUUAGUCGCCAGCUUCCACAUUCUUGUGGCUCGGUAUGUGGAGUCUGUGCUGCAGAAGCAAAGAAUAUAUUUGAAGAAUGAAGAGGACAAGAACAGCCUGUGGAAUUUCACAAUUGCCAUGCUCGUCAUUUGUGCGCCAGCAUUUCUUGUGAUUGCACCCAUCGUCCUGUACCUUGGCACGAUGCAGAUGAAGGCUUUGCUGCAGCUGAGAAAGCAGGUGGAUGAGUUUAAGAUUCGAGAAUCUCAGUGCAGCUGCUGUCAGAUGGACCAUUGCCACCCUGACACUGGUGAAGAGCUGCUGUGUGACCGGAUGCUGGUCUUCGAAACUUUGAAACGAUGGUAUCCGCUCGAGAUUUCUUCGGAAGCUUGUCUGGACAGAUUUGACGAGGCGGUUCACAGAGAGCUGGGCGGCUAUGUACGGAACAGGCUAGGCGCCGGCGCCCCACCCUUACGGCACGUAGUUGCCAUCACCGUGCAUCCUUUACUUGGCUUCCUCUGCAUGUACGUCUACCUGGCUGUGAACGCCCACCUGUUUCCCUGGUCCGCCCUUGGCUGGAUGAUCGGAUGGUUCCAGGCACCACCCAUGGUGUACCUGGCACUCUGGGAGUUCUUACAGACUUGGAGGAUGGGUGUGCGAUUUGGGGAUCGGUGCCCUUUGUGGCUUGUUUUGCUGCUUGGGGAGGCCGCCGGCAUCAGCUUCAAUGUUGCCAUCUGGUUGCAGUACAAUGCCUUCAAGUAUACGUUUGGACAUGACGUAAAUUGGCCUGUCCUCGGCUCGCUGGCUUUCAUGUGGAUCACCUUCAUCCUCCCAUACAUGUGCGAGUAUUCGCCGAAGCUUCUCGGCAGAGUGGGGCCAAGGUGGGGCACCCCUGGCCAGGCCGGCAGCUCAAAGUUGCGCCCGGCGGCGCCAGAUGCGGCAGAGGAGCCUUGGCUCCGCUGGCCGGCAUUUCGCUCAGGCCUGCUGCAGCUGCGGGUGGUCAGUCAGGCGAGCUACUUGUACAGGUGGCUCGGAGAACCGGAUCUUGCUGAAGCCUGCUCUCAGUGCGGAUUGCAGCUGAUAUCACAAAGACUUUGCGGAGACACUCGCUGGAAGCUGCGGUUCCUUUGCGAUCGCGCAAGGUCUGCAAUGGCUGAAUCGCCACGCCUGGGCGAGAUGGCACGGUGCAAGGACACAAAGGCUGGCCAUGAAGCGGAGACGCUGCUUGAGGAGAUCGACCUCUUGUGGAACGAGAGGACGGGCGCCGGCGAGGCCACUCCGCCCUGGGAGCUCCUGGAGUUGUGGGCAGAGGCUGGGCAGGGAGGCCAGGGAGAGCCCGGCUUCCCGGUGCUCGCUCGCUCGUGGAAGCUUCGCCUCAAAGCCGCAGCCCUUCAUCGCCGGACAUCUCCGGCUUCCUGGUCCGCCCACCUCCGGGGCCUCCUCGCGUGGAUGCGCGAGAGGCCGCUGCCGCUGGGGCACUUGCUGCUGAUGGUGGCGCAGGCCUUCUUUGAGGACGCAAUGGGGAGUGAUCAGCAAGAGCCUUGUGGCGAUGAUCCCUCGGCUCCGGAGCUUCUGGCAGCCCUGCAAGCCUGUGCGCGGGACAUUGCCCGAAGCGAGAGACGGCCGGCACUGCAACCUCACCAGGAGCAGGCUGUUCUUGCUGCUGCCGAGGAUGGCUCGUCCAGUUCGGCCAAGCUUGUGGCGGUCCUACACCUAGCUGCAGGAGCCGUUCGAGAUGCUCUCGCGGCGGGCGACAGCGCGGCCCUGCGGUCUUCAGCGCAGCUUCUCCUCAGGGCAGCUGAGGCUUGCAAGAGCCGGGCGGAUGCUUCGAGAUCGGAGGAGGUGCGAGGCAGGGACCAUGACCGCAGCCGCUCACGCAGCCGCUCACGCAGCCCCUGCCGCAUCUCAUCGGAGGGCUCGAGCUGUCGCUGGACUCGGGAGUACUGGUCCCUGUGCAAGCAGGUUGUUCCGCUGUGCUCCGCGGUGUCGCUCCUCUUCCUGACGGAGCUUCGCUCCAUGCAGCGGGUGGUCGACGGUCUGGGUGAUGCCAGAAUGAUGCAGCAUUUCUUCAGCCAGCCUCAUCUGGACCUCAAGCCCGCCACCUCAUCGGAGAAGCUCUCGUCGGGCAGCUGGCUGGAGGAGGUGGAUCCGGGCCUCUCCCUUGCUUGGCUGCAGGUGGACUGGACGGUCCCAUCACUCCGGGUCACGCGGUCCCUCGAUGGCGGCCUCGGGCUGCCCAGCCACGCGCAGUUGGUGUCUCAACAGGUGAAGCUGCCCCAUGGGCUCCUCGCGCGCCUGCAGGAGGAGCUCCGCAGCCUCCAUGCCCUCAACGGGCAGAAAAUCCGGGAGCUCUGGCAGCGGGCCGACAAAGGUACCGAGGCCGUGCGACGUGAGUUCUGGAGCAGCCGGAAGCGCUUCGAUGCGGAGCUGGGGCGCCUGGCGGAGAAGGUGGAGCAGGCGUCGGUGUGGAGAGUUCACGGCCUGAGGAUUGAUGUGCGCGUUGAGGAUGGUGAUGGUUGGUGA